AUGGCGAAGGGAGUCAAGUCAGCGGUACCAGCAACGCCGGCCAAGUCGAGUGGAACGCGCAACGAGACUUCGGUGCGCUCCGGAAGCUUGUUCUCGACCCCAGCGACGGAUCGGAUGGAGUCAACCGACGAGCGUUCGGCGAGCUACGACACGUCGGUUGAUUCCUCGGACGCCAAAGAAGAUGAUGAAGAUGAUGACUGGGAUGUCAGGACUGUGGUGUCCGAGACUUCAGAAGCUGCGGUUGUGCCGGCAGGCCGCAGUGGUGGAUCGAGGUCGAUCACCCGCGACCUCUCCGAAACGUUCAAUGACAUGCCGGGCCCCGAGCCCGCCUAUGACAAGGAUGACGGCGCGAUCGACGGUUCCAAAGCCUCGGUGAUGGUAGGAGGGGCAACCUCCAAGCCGGUUGAGAUGAUGAAGGUCAAGCGUGAGUGGAUGCAGUUGUUCUCCCCUAAGAAGGUCCGCCAGGCCGUUUGGAUGGACCUCGGAGGGGCGUUGGCUACGCCGAUCAACUUAACGAGCACUCGGCCGAUCCUCCCGACGGAGGCCGCCCUCGCAAGCUGGACGCCAACAAGCGCCGCCACGGCGCUCACCAAGUGGAGGAAGAAGCUGCGCAACGCCUUUGCAGUGACGGAUAGAGGCUCAACGAGGCUUCGUUCGGCCUCGGAAGUGGUUGACCCCUCCAAGGCCCCGCUACCAGCGACCCCUCGGAAGGCAGCCACGGAUGACGGAGUCUUCGCAGUCAAGGGCGAGGCUUCGCCUUACAUGCAAGACUCGCACAUGGUAACCCCACGAUCUACGGACUGUACUGAACGUCUGGCUAGAGAGACCAAGGUUUCGUACGCUACGCCUGGCACGCGCGGAGUAACCGGUCGCCGGUCAGGCCGCCGUUACGGCCUCCGAGAUGACUCAUCGGACAGCGACGAUGAUCUCGGGUCCGACUGUUACGAGGGCGACCCGCCAAGCGAAUGGGCUCGUCAGCUUCCACGCAAGACGAGACGCACGUGGAAACUGCUGUGCGAGGCAUUCAUUAAGUACUACUGCUCGAAGUUCUCCCAGUCUGCAAAGGCUCGGUACUACUCGGCCAAACAAGAGAGCAAAGAGCAUGUAUGUGACUACCUCAACCGGUUCAACGGCUAUGCUCGCAACGCCGGGGUGCAGUUUGAGCACGGUGAUCGUGACGUGUGA